AUGAACAGCGUGGGGGAAGCUUGCACGGAACUGAAACGGGAGUACGACCAAUGUUUCAACCGAUGGUUCGCCGACAAGUUCCUAAAAGGAGAGCGCGGCGCCGAGCCGUGCGAGGACAGCUUCCGGCUGUACCAGCGUUGCGUGCAGAAGGCCAUCAAGGACAAGGACAUCCCGGUGGACGGCCUGGACUUCAUGGGUCCCAACAAGGACAAGCCCGAGAGCUGA